UUAAUUUUUGACUUGCUAAUUCCUGAUCUUUCUCAUUUUGUGAACAAAAAAUAAAUGGAUCAUUCUCUUAAAUAUUCUUGCAUUUUUAUGUGCAUGAUUAUGCUUCUGCCAGCGUUUUCCUACAGCCAAAGCUUAGUUACCAAUGCAUCAUUUUAUAGUACUUCUGAUGGCAUGGGAACUCCAUCUGGAGCAUGUGGUUAUGGAGUCUAUGGCAAAGAUGUGAACAAUGGGGAGGUGUGCACAGCCUCUAGGCGUCUCUACAGAAAUGGAGCUGGUUGUGGUGCAUGCUAUCAAGUAAGGUGCAAGAACAAUGCAUUGUGUAGUGAACAGGGAACAAAGGUUAUGGUGACAGACAGUGCAGAUGGACAAGAAACAGACUUAAUUCUCAGCUUCAAAGCCUAUGCAAAAUUAGCUAAAAACCCAAGUUUGGCAGCUCAUCUAUGUGGAAAAGGGGUUGUUGACAUAGAAUAUAGAAGAGUUUCUUGUGGUUAUGGAAAUCUUAUGGUUAAAAUUCAUGAACACAGCAAGUACUCUGAUUACCUUGCUAUUGUUGUUUUGAACCAAGGUGGUACCACUGACAUCCAUGCUGUCGAAAUCUACGAGGAAGCAAGCCAACAGUGGAUAUCAAUGAGAAAGGCAUAUGGGGCAGUGUGGGACAUGUCAAGUCCACCAUGUGGAGACCUUAAAGUAAGGUUCUUAACAAGUACAAGUGUUGAAACAAAAUGGGUACAAUCAGACAAAGCUGUUAUUCCUGCUCAGUGGAAAGCUGGACUUACUAUUGAAACAGACAUUCAGCUUACUUAAGUAAUUAAUUAAGUACAACUUAUAUUAUAUAUGUACUUAUAUACUAGUAAUUAAUGUGGGCGAUUUCUUAAUUAAACUGCAUGUUUAUAAUUUAGCUUUAAAAAUAUGUUUUCAAGUUGUGGAGUGUGUGUUGUACUUUUGGCAUGGAUAGUUGUAAGUUGUUAAGGGUUGUGUAUGUUAUGUAUUUCUGUUUUCGUGAGAUUUAUGAAUAAAAA